AUGGAGACUAGCAAACCUUUUACCGUCGCAUCUGCUGGAUCUCAAGAUGAUCAGCUGGUUCACAAGACGUCUACGCCACAUUGUAACAUCAUGUGGCCAUCGGUUUCCAAGGAAUUGGCUCGAGACAAGAAGAACAAAACGUUGUCGGGGUUUCGUAAGAUGCGAGAGGCACUGAUGGCCAAAACGUUUGAGAGCCAUGACAAUACACCGGUGGAAGUAGAUGCCGUUUCUGGACUCUUUAUCGGUUCGUACGGUGCUGCCAACAACAAAGAAGCAUUGACGGGAGCAGGAAUCACUCACAUCUUGUGUGUAUCAAGUACAUUGCCACUCAACUUUCCUCAAGUCUUUACGUAUUUGCAGCUCAAAGUGGCUGAUCAGAGCUCGGUCAGCAUCUCCAAGUUCUUUGACAGAGCUUUCGCCUUCAUCGACAGUGCGUUGUCUUCUGGAGGAAAAGUGCUCGUACACUGCUUCAUGGGACGCUCAAGGUCUGCAACGAUUAUCAUCGCGUUCUUGAUGGCACGUCACGGCUUCACGUAUCUGGAUGCGCUCUGUGAACUGCGUCGAGUUCGACCUCAGGCACAACCAAACCGUGGCUUUUACCAAGAGUUGAUUUCGUUUGAAGCGAAGCAGAAGAAACUCCACCAAGAAAUGGCUUAG